GGGUCGGUGAAGGAUCCCAAGAUGGCUGGGCGAAAACUUGCUUUAAAAGCCAUUGACUGGGUAGCUUUUGGAGAGAUCAUACCUCGAAACCAAAAGGCUAUUGCUAAUUCCCUGAAAUCUUGGAAUGAGACCCUCACUUCCAGGUUGGCUGUUCUACCUGAGAAUCCACCAACUAUUGACUGGGCUUACUAUAAGGCCAAUGUGGCCAAGGCAGGCUUGGUGGAUGACUUUGAGAAGAAGUUUAAUGCCCUGAAGAUUCCUGUCCCAGAGGAUAAAUACACUGCCCAAGUGGAUGCUGAAGAAAAGGAGGAUGUGAAAACUUGUGCUGAGUUUGUGUCCCUGUCAAAGGCCAGGAUUGAGGAAUAUGAGAAACAGCUGGAGAAGAUGAGGAGCAUAAUUCCAUUUGAUCAGAUGACCAUUGAGGACUUGAAUGAAGCCUUCCCAGAAACCAAAUUAGACAAGGAGAAGUAUCCCUACUGGCCCCACCAGCCAAUCGAGAAUUUAUAAAAUUGAGUCUGGGAGGAAGUUCUGGCCCUUAUAUUACACACUCUGGACAUUAGAAAUAAAAAUAAUUAUAUA